AUGGGUUCCGGCGUCGGGAAGGUGACAUCUGAGACUCAAAUCCAGAAGGUCGUGGAACUGGACUAUGGGCCAGAAAACACCGCCUCGACCAGCAGUACGUCCCAUGCUGCGAAACGGUUUCAGGGAGCGCAGGGAGAUUUCGUGCCGCCCAACGCGAUUUCCAAUCUCGAGGGAAAGCAGACCCUCGCGGAGCGGGUCGAAGCGCUGGAAUGGAUGGUGCAGCAACAGGCCCAGCAGCUGCAGCAAAUGACGAAGGCACUGGAGGGGGUCCAAAAGGAUGUCCGCCGAACCGUGUCCGUGAUGCAGUACAACAUCCUGGCCUCGUACCUGGGCAAGAACACACAGCCCUGGUUUCUCUAUGGUGCGGACAUCAGCCCCGAGGAGCGGGAGAGGAUCUUCGCCCGCUUCAACGAACGAGGCCCUGAUGGCACGCCGAAACACAGGUGGCCGGAUUACGCCACAGGCAUCUUGCGACCCGAGGAGAUCACAGCCGUAGAGCAGUACGACACCUUCUUCAGGUGGGAGUUUCGACGGCAGAAGCUUCUGGAGCAGAUCGAGAUCAUGGAUCCAGACGUGCUGUCGCUGGUGGAGCUGGAUGAUCACGGUUUUUUUGCCGAAUGCCUCUGCGACGAGUGGGACUCCGUGUUCCGCAAGCGGCCGAGGGCCUCGUCCGCAGACGGCUGCGGCAUCUUCUGGCGGAGGUCGAAGUUCGAGUGUCUGGCCUCGGAGGGUUUCGACAUGGUCGAUGGCAACGAUGACAAGGGCCGUGAGAAACGGGACCGGAGCUGCGUGAUGGUGCUGCUCAAGUGGCGUGUGGCUGGCCCGCACAUCCUACCGUUAGUGGUUGUGUCCACGCAUCUUGCCAAGGAUCCCUACAACAAGGCGCAGACGGCCAUCCGAGUGCGGCAGGUGACACAGAUCAUGGACAGCUUGACAAAGUUCACCUCAAAGCACAAGGCCCGGCACUGCCCGGUGGUCCUGCUGGGGGACCUCAACGCGCGCCACUUCGGAGAGAUCCGGGGGAUCGCACGCACGGCCGGGGCCUUGAUGCGCAGAGCUCUGCUCUCCGCCUGGAUGGCUCGGCGCGCGCCGCAUGGCAAGGACGGAAAGGAGGAAAGCGUCGUCGACUGGAUGAGAUUGCUUUGGCCCAUCCUGCCCGAAGUUGGCGAGCCGGGCAAGGACUUCGGAUCCACGGCCGAAGAGGAUGGCGAGGUUCGGGCGCGGCCCCGCCGGCGACGGAGUCCCAGUGCCCUGGCCUAUGUUGCGGCCUUUGGGACCGUCCUGGGCCACCUGUGCAUGAUUCUGGCCAUCACUUGGAUGAGCUUCAAGUUUAGCGAGCAGCACGCCAAACUCGAGGAUCCGCUGCGGCAGCUUCGAUACUACCUGACUCUGCUGCUGCUUCCAAUCGUGCUGUACACCACCGGCAAGAACUGGCAUGCCGGGACGCAUUUCCCAAUGACUGCCUCCUCCAGCUUGCAGGUUCUGAGAAAUCGUCCCAUGGAGCCUCCUGCUUCUGAGCUCACUGGCGGCGAUGUCUACUGCAUGCUGGCCAAUGGAAUCUUCUUCUGUUACCUGUUCCUCUGGAACCUGGUGCUUCUGCUGCAACGGCACCGUGAUAGGGACGUCUUCGAUCCAUCGGCCCACCUGUUGGUGCCGCUCUGCGUGGGCAGCGCUUUGCUGAGAGCGAAGCCCACGCUGCUUUGCUUCCUCUUCUUCGGGAUGGUCUGCCUGCUUUUCGCUUGCCUCCUGCUCCUCUCUGGGCUCCUGGCAACCAUCGCCCUGCACCUUGGCCGCCUUGGCCGGCGGAACGAGAUGCGGGCGAUGCGGGCUGGUUUGGAUCGGCGUGGGCUUCCAGGGGCCACGCAGCAAGAUCAGCAUGUGUGGCAGAUCAAAGGGGAGCCCAUCCACAAGUUCCUUUGGGGUGCCACAGAUGUCAACACGGGACCGACUUCGGUGACGAAGGCACGGCACUGCCGCAUCGACGUGGUCCAGUACCUCAGCAGCCACAUGGAGGUCUUGGACGUGAUGCCCGUGCCGAAGCUGGAACCCGGGGAGGUCAUCCCGAACGAGGACCAUCCCUCAGACCACUUCCCCGUCUUCGUCACCUUCACCCUGAAGGACAGCUACGAGAAGCACCGUGACUGCGCCAGGGCCUGGUUGGAGUGUGUGGCGGGCCGGGAGAAGGUCCAUCCGCUCACGGACGAGGAGCUCCGUGAUGCCUUCGAGUUCUUCGACCGCGACCGGCAAGAGUGCAUCCAUCGCCGGGACUUGGAAGAAGCUUGUUUGGACCUUCGCUGUAACUUCAGCGUGGAUGUGCCGAAGUUGCUGGUCGACUGCUUCCCAAACAAGCAGAUUUCCUUCCAGAACUUCUUGCGUGCCUACGAGGCCAGCCUCGGCUCGGAUCGGAUGCGCGCAGUUGGAGACCUCGAGUGUGCCUUCCGCUACUUCGCGGGGGAGAAGGAUUCCAUCGAGAUCGACACGCUUGAGGCGGCCUUCCGGGAGAUCACCCCCAUCAGCUUCUCUGACGAUGAGGUGAAGGACAUGAUCGGCCGGGUGGCUCAAGACGGAAGUCCGUACGGAAAGGCAUCUGUGCAUCUCAAGGACUUCUGCGAGGUGGUCUGCAAGGCCACUUUCCCCAAUCGCCAGGUCUCCCCAGAAAGCGGAGUUACAGGGACAGAGUCCGAGACGUGGGCCGCCCGGAACGCCACGAAGGAGAUCAGCACCCGCUUGACCAAGCUCCACAAGACAGUUUCCGGCCAAGGGCUUCAUCGCAAUGUCAGCAAAAGUUCCAACGUGUCAGAGAUGCCGAUCCGCAUCGACAAGCACCUGGCUCCACCGCUAGUGCAUUGA